CUUUUGACACCUGAUCUGUCGAAAACUCAGUUCAUGUCGGCCAUUUCGACAUUUGCUCGACAUUUGUAAAACUUGUCUUCGACGUUUCCUCAGUAAUAUUGACUCUGCACACCAACCACAGUAUAGUGCUAAAUGGGGUCCGCUCUCCUAAGAAAAACCUUCUUGCUUGUGAUCUCCUGUAUCCUGAAUGCAGAGCUGAACACUUCGCAAGCUAUGGAGGGCAUCUUUCAAGACUAUGGCAACGAAAAAACUCAACGAUUUCCGGUUUACCAUACAGUAAAGGGCUUUGAUAUUCAAGUGAGAUUCUCCACUAAAACUUGCACGGGGCAAUUGGUGGAGAUAAUGAGUAAGGACACCAAUCAUUUCUUGCGCAUCACGCUUCUCGACAUCGGCCUCAUUCGGAUGUCAUUCAGUACCCCUAACGGUCAGAGCCAAUUGAAUCUUGCUAUGCCAUCAAAAGGAGGGUUCUGCAAUGGCAAGAGGCACUCUGUUUGGCUCAGCAUCUACCGUGGUGUUGUUUCAUAUGGUGUUGACAAAGUUCUUCCAAAAAGGUUUUACGUGGCGCACUUAAGAGAACUGUUUUCGUCGCCAGAAAACAUAAUUAUUGGCAAAGGGCUUCAGGGAUGUGUUUCUGGUUCCACGGUUGUCCUUCGCGUCAAUAAGACCCACGAAUACCGUGUAGGAACGUCGUCUGGUUGUUCGAUGGCUAAAUCCACUACUCGAUCUCCGAAACAAAUGCUUGCACAGAAAAUUGCAAUCUUCGAUGAACCCGAUUGCAAACCAUUAACCUUCGCAUCCUGUAAAACACUUGGUUAUAACUUGACCCAAGUACCAAACCAUCUUCAACACAAGACAUAUUCUCAGGCUGCAGCUGAAUUGGGGACGUUCAUGUCAAAGCUCCAACCUCAAUGCUCUCCUCAUUUGAUGUCAUUCCUGUGUCAACUGUAUCUACCGCCAUGUAUCCCUCACCAGUCCUCCUCUCCUCCGUGCAGGUCGCUUUGCGAGAGUGUCCAGGAAGGCUGUUCCACCCCUUGGCCCAGCCACCUUAACUGUACUCAGUUUCCGCGUGCAACUGACAACAAAAAGUGCUUUCUAGGAUCUGCAAAGGUAACGACUAAGAGGACAACCUUGAUGAGAGGAACUAUAACUAAGAACGAGAAACUGACGGAGACGAAUUCACUGAAGAACGUAAUAAAGAGAAAUCCGAUUAUAUCAAGGAAAGCUGAGGAAAGUACAACUGAAACAACAUCUGUAAAAACGGAUGCACGGUUCACAAAACAAAAUCAAGGAAAAGAUACCCUUGUGAAAAGUUCUUCAACAUUGACUAGUGAAAUGGACUCAAGGGUGUCCACAACUGCUGUGACGGAAUCAACAAUAAGACAAACAGCAAGCUUUCUUUCCUCUGUGAUGACAGGAACACAAUCAAAAGUUGUGGUAAAAGAAAAACUUGAAAAACAUUCGUCAACAGCUGCUCCAUUAGUUGAUAAAAACUUGAAGAGAAGGAAUGAAACGAAUAUUGAUAAGGACUCAAUACCGAAAAAAACAGAGAAUUCACGUUGGAAUUUUUCAACGCCUUUAUUGUCUGCAAAAAAAACAGGUAUUUGUGGAGGUGUGUUGAUGUCUGUCAGGGGUCAGUUCAUGUCACCAGGAUAUCCAACAGGGUAUCCCUCCAACACAACGUGUAGGUGGUCCAUCAUCUUACCGAGUGAUUACCACCUCAUCAGUUUCACUUUCCACAAAGUGUACUUAGAGGAGGAUAGAAACUGCGUGUACGACUACAUUGCUGUGUACGACAUGUUGGACAACGAAGUGGGUCAGCGGUAUUGCGGUUCCAUUACAUCUCCUAUCGUGAAACACGUCAAAGGCAACGUGGCCACAGUUGUUUUCCAUUCAGAUUUUGCAAACAGCAAGAGGGGAUUCAUCCUGUCUUAUAAAGGUCGUAAAUGCCAUGACCCAUCGGUAGUGGAGCCAUUUUACUGAUUUCUUAGCUAGAGAGGGCAACUGAAAGGGUUCACUUAAUCCCGAUUAGGAGUUGUUUCACCACUUAGGUGAUAUGUCUGUUUGAUAGACUGUAAUCUGUUAAGUAUUUAGAUAAUUUGAUUUCUGAACACUUGGAAUUGUCCUCCAAAAUGUUUACAAACUAGAAAAACAACAAUUUAAGAAAGCAGUAUUUGAAAACCUCUCUCAGAUAUUUUCAAUAUAUUAUAUUAUAUAGAAUCUAUAAAAUAAUAAACAUUUUAUCAACAACUGAA